AUAUUUACAUUUUUCCAUGCGAGUUUUUUUUAUCAUCACAGGCGUUUGUAUUUAAGACUUUAACUCCCAAAUAAACAAGUCGGAAUGGAAAGUGUUCAAGGGAAAGUGUUUACAUAGGAUAGUCAAGAGAUCAGUCAAGACAAAUAUCAAAGUGAAAGAGUCGCUGUCGAUGGGCAGGGCGCUGUGCGCGCGAAUCUCACUAGCAGAUCUGAUCUGUAGAAGACAACACGCGUUCGGUGCGCGCUCCCGGAGAAAUAAUGUGCAGCAGAAGAUCAAGUUGGACUGAUAUAUAGGAUCUGUCACACUCCACGAAACUCUUCAGGGAUCUUUACAUAACGAGAUCAUGUGAAUUUUACGCGUCUUUCGCGGUUGGCCUACCAACGAUCCCGGCUCCGAUGAUCCUGGUGACCCUCCUCCUCGCUAUAAUCAUAGGAUUAAGGAAUAAACCAACCAAGCAAAAAACCAUGAGAUCUGGAAGAUGUGCUUGUAACCACUGGUGCUUUGAAAAUCACCUGGAAUGUCCUUUGAACUCCGAGGUUUGGAAUUCUUUCUUAAUAUUGAGCUGUCUAAGUGCUCUGUUGCCUGUGGCCGACAGUCAAAGAGUACAAGAGCUGAAAGAGCUCCAGAACGCUCUAGAGAAGACGGAAUAUUUAUUUAACAGAUCCAGUGCCAUCCUGUACACACCUAAUCCUGACAGUAUCAAUGAAUGUACUUAUAAGUUUCUUGACUGUUAUUUGUUGGAGAUGAAUGUUGUUGUGCACGAGGAAGGCACCGCUGAGCAAGUGAAUGAAAAUGACUUUUUAUUAUUGAAAAAUGUUGGCGAAUAUAGAAAACAUAACCACACAGCACCACAUUUAUGUGAAACACAAGAGCUCACAGACUCUCCUGUCUUCUAUCAAAGGAUGAAAACGUUUCUCCAAAAACUCACUACACAUUGCAGACAGAAAGGUCCUAAUAAAUCCUUAAAAAGUAAUUAGAAGCGUACUAUAUUAGAAAUCAUAAGCUUAUUUAUCUAUAAUUAUAUAAAUUAUACUAACCUCUUUUUUACCCAUAUUUAUAUGUAGCACUCUCCAAACUUAUCUCAGGCUAAAGUGUUUUAUUUUGUAAUGCUAUAGACUUUGAAAUGAUGAUAUAUUUUUGUAAAAAAAUGGAGUCUGAAUAAAUGUCUAACUGUAAAUGUCUUCUAUAUGUACAGAAUUUAUGUUGAACAAAAAACUAAAUAUUGUAAAAUUUUCUUUGUACGGAUGGGAACAAAAGGUGCUUUUGUAUUUCCGUAUGCGUUUUUUUUAUAAUCACAGUCUUGUUACAUUAAAACGCUUAUUUUACUAAA